AAAUCACUUCACUUCACAUCAUAAAUACGUAACUGCCUAGAAAAUUACUAAAAUAAAUAUAAUCUCUCAUCUCCAUUCAAUUUUCCUUGAAAUAACAAAUUCAACAAAUAAACGCUCAAACGCAAAAGGGGAAAAGAAAAAAAAGAAAAAGAAAAGAAAAAAUGGGAAUGUUGAAAACUUGAAAGUCAUGAAUUGUUUGAAACCUAAAAUCAAACUCUUCUGCAUUAGAAAUUAAAAAUCCAUUUAUUCACCUCCAAAAUUUUCCCCCAAAAAUUCUCUUCCCAUUUUUCAAAUCCUAGAGAAAUAACCUGUAAAUUAAUCUGACGAUGAGGCCACCGAGGAGGCCGAUCCAGUCCGUGGCGGCAUGGGUGCGGCGGCAGCCGUCGAAGGUGAAGGCGUUCCUCGUCGUAAUCACCGGCAUGGCGGCGCUCGUUAUCCUCCGCGCCAUUGUGAACGAUCACGAUAAUCUCUUUGUCGCUGCGGAAGCUGUCCACUCGGUCGGAAUUUCCGUUCUUAUUUAUAAAUUGAUGAAGGAGAAGACUUGCGCUGGGCUUUCACUCAAAUCCCAGGAGCUAACAGCAAUCUUUUUGGCUGUUAGAUUGUAUUGCAGCUUUGUCAUGGAAUAUGACAUACAUACUGUGCUUGACCUGGCUACGCUGGCUACUACCUUGUGGGUUAUUUAUAUGAUUAGAUUUAAAUUGAAGUCAAGUUAUAUGGCAGAUAAAGACAAUUUUAUGCUAUACUACGUGGUGGGCCCUUGCGCCGUUUUAGCUUUACUGAUUCACCCUUCUACAUCACACCACCUCGUGAACAGGAUUUUCUGGGCUUUCUGUGUCUAUCUAGAAGCUGUUUCUGUGCUACCGCAACUGCGCGUCAUGCAAAACACUAAGAUUGUUGAACCCUUCACCGCUCAUUAUGUUUUUGCAUUGGGGGUUGCGAGGUUCUUGAGCUGUGCUCACUGGGUCCUUCAGGUUUUGGACAGUCGAGGUCAUCUCCUUGUCGCACUGGGUUACGGUCUUUGGCCAUCAAUGGUCCUUAUUUCUGAAAUUGUUCAAACUUUCAUUCUUGCGGAUUUUUGCUAUUACUAUAUCGAAAGCGUCUUUGGUGGUCAGCUCGUGUUGCGCCUUCCUUCUGGAGUGGUCUAACCAGUUCCCACUUCUUCCCGUUGUUUAUUCGUGUUGCUUAUGGGGCUCUGGUUGGUUAACAGAAAUCAGAAGGUUGCAACAAACUGGAUAUCAAAAUUGACUUAACUCACCAGAUUCUUGGCUUACACCAGUAACUAAUUUUCUAUAGAGUGGAUCGUCGUUGUAAGCACGUUUCGAAUCUGCAUUAACGGUGCCAUAUUUAGCUGAAAAAUGUAGAGUAAAUGUGUUUGGAAAAAAAAAUUGAUGCCCAUAUUUUAGCAAUUAUCCUUGUAGUUUUUAUUUAAUCAGUUUAGUUAGGGAGCUCUUGUUUCUCUGUUUUAUUGGCUAUUGUUGGAUUUAAUUUGUGCAAAAUGGAUUAAAUUCUGUCGCAGAGGCAUUGUAAACUUGAGCUAUAUUAGUGUCAUUGCUUGCUUUCA